AUGGACGCGACGACCGUUCCGACUUACGCCCGCGUGACAGAAGAGCAGCGAAAUCUUGAACCAAUGAGAGGCGCGUUAACGCAAGGCGAGGAUAAAAUCAACAAUCUGUCCGACGACGUGCUCUCCGCAAUUCUCGAGCGCGCAUCUUCCAGCAAAGGGAUGUACCACGCGCUCGUGUGCCGCCGGUGGCUGCGCCUGGCGCAACAAUUGCAGAAGGUCGUCCACGUCAGCGCCAAGUCCAUCCUCGACGCGGGCGAGCUGCUGCGCAGCUUGGCGAGACUUCCCAAUGUGACCUCGCUCUCGCUAGACAACGAGAGCAUCGACUUCCUCAACGACGAGUUCCUCAAAGCCCUGCCCUCCGCCUGCCCGCAGCUCUCCCGCCUGCGCCUGGACGCGCCGCGGUACUUUGGCGUGCCGUACCACCGCAUUUCGCUCCAGUGCCUUCGCCGCUUCCUCCUCCGGGAUCCGCGCCUCGAGGAGCUCACCCUCAACAGCUGUCUCCGGAACAUGAGGAAGCUUCCCUCGCUCGCAUCGCUCUCGUCGCUUCGCGUGCUCAAGAUUCGGGAAAGCUUCCGCGAUCUUCCCGACGAGUUCGGCGCGCUGCGCGCGCUGGAGGAGCUCCAUCUCAUCUGCCGCGAGCUGCGGAGCCUCCCCGCGUCCGUCACGCAGCUCACGCGGCUGUCCCGCCUCUGCCUGACUAACUGCUUCGCGAUGGAGCAGCUGCCCUCGAAUCUCGGCGCGCUGAGCGGGCUGAUGUCGCUGGAAAUAAGCGCUUCGUACCGCUUAAAAACCAUUCCGGAGAGCAUCGGCGCGCUCAAGGAGCUGCGCCGCCUGGUCCUGCGCUACAUCAAAUGCCAGCUGCCCGACGUGGGGCACGAGUGGCGCAAGUUGGAGGAGUUGCGCCUUGAGUACUGUGACUGUGUCCGCCUUCCGCCCAUCUCCCUUGAGUCCCUUGCGCUCCUAUCCAUCCGCCACUGUUGCAGCCUUCGCGCCCUUUUCGAAGACAUCGGGGAGGCGUCAGCCCUCCGCGAGCUUGAGAUUGUCGAGUCGCCGAUCGAGUGUCUGACGGAUAGGGAGCGGUGGAUGCUCGCGCCGUACGGAUUGGUGCUGCCCCCCACGCUGCUGGCGCUGCCGCGACUGGCGCACGUGGUGCCGGAGAACGUGUCGUGCCUUCCUUCGCUGACUGCGGGCGGCGCAGAGGCAGAUGGACGUCGCCAGCCCAUCGCGCGCCCCUCACCGCUGCAAUCCUUCUCCCUCUGGGGCUGCGACAACCUCACCCAUCUCCCCCACACCCUCGACGCGCUCGCGCCCUCGUUGCGUGCGCUCACGCUCGCCGACCUCCCCGAGUUCUACUCCUUGCCCGCCGAGGUCUGCCGACUCAUCGCGCUCACCUCCCUCUCGCUCCUCCGCCUGCCACACGUCGAGUCCCUUCCCUCCGCGCUCUCCGCGCUUUCCGCCCUCCGCGCGCUCAAAAUCACCGGGGCGCGCAAGCUCACCGUGCUUCCCGAAUCCCUAGACCAGCUGGCGGCGCUCGAGUCGCUGGAGCUCGACGACUACCCGCUCGCCAGCCGCUCGGACCUCCCCGAGCCGCUGUUCGACGUGACGGCGCUGCAGAGCCGGCCCACGGCGCUGAGGAGCCUGCCCGCGUCGCUGGGCCGCCUGACGGCGCUGCAGAGCCUGGUGCUGCGGUGCGUCGCACUCGCCGCCAUGCCCGCCACCGUGGGCGGGCUCAGCGCGCUGACGCACCUCAGCAUCACCCACUGCGCUGCGCUCACCGCGCUGCCCGACGCCAUCGGCGAGCUGGGCCGGUUGAAGUCUCUGACAAUAAGGAGCGCAUCCAUCGCGACCCUCCCAAACACGCUGGGCGGGCUGACUUGCCUCGAAGAGCUACUCGUUUGCGACUGCCCCCUCCUCGCCGCGCUCCCUGCAUCGCUCUGCGCCCUUUCGCGCCUCCGCACGCUCUCCCUCACCAAGUGUCCCGCCCUUUCCGCCCUCCCCGACGCCAUAGGCCAGCUGCGCGCCCUUAGGCGGUUCUCGCUCGAAGACUGCUCCGCGCUCGCCCGCCUCCCCGCGUCCCUCCCGCGCCUCCCCGCGCUCGAGUCGCUCGACAUCGAACGGUGCCCGCUGCUCGCGCACCUCCCCGACGACUUUGGCCCGCUGCCUCGCCUCACGCGCCUGUCCGUCCGCAACGAGUUCCCCCGCCCCCUCGCCUCGCCCUACUUCCUCCCCCCCUCGCUCUCCCGCCUCCCCGUCUCGCUCACCCCCCUGCCCACCUCGUUCUCCCGCCUGCCCGCCUCGCUCUCCCGCCUGCCCGCUCUCCGCAUCCUCGAUCUGUCGUCCUGCGCGUCUCUCUCCGCGCUCCCCCCCGACCUCGCGGCCCUCCCCGCGCUGCACUCCCUGGUGCUGGACGGCUGCUCCGCACUGGCGGAGCUGCCCGCAGGACUGGCGCGCGCGCGGGGGCUGCGCCACUUGGACGUGCGCCGGUGCCCGGCGGUGAGGAAGGACACGGAGCUGGGCUUGUGCGAGCGGCGCGUCAACGUCACGUGGUCCGAAGGGAACAUAUGGGCGAUUUACAGCCUGCAGCAGGCGACGAGGAGAGGCAAGGGCGGUGAGGGAAGGAAGGCAGCAGGAGGAGAGGCCGUGACGAGGGUCGAAAAAGGGGCAGAAAGAGGAGGGGGCGGGUUGGAUGGAGCAGCAACAGUCGAAUCCGGGAUGGUUGCACAGAGUGAGAACAAAGAUGGGGGGCGGAUGGAGGAGGUGGAAGGGGAGGAGGGAGGGAGUGAGGUGAGGGAGGGGGGUGAGCAGCAAGGGGAGGACGGAGGAGGGGGCGGACAGGCAGGGUUUGGGGAGGAUGGGUGUGCUGGGUGGCGCGGAUUGUUUGGGCAAGAGGGCAGCACAGGCGAGUUUGCAAGGUGGUGA